UCAGCUAUCUUCAAAAUAUUCAAAAUUAGUGAUGUCUAAUGAUGUCUAUACAGGUAGUAGGAACUAUUUUGAAGUUAACGAGAACGAGUAGAAAAAGUAUUCCUCAGUUUCUCAGGAAUUUUUCUAAGAAAAAUGACAAUGAAGACCCAUACCAAUACGUGAAACGUAAACGUUUCGGUAGAGAUGGACAGGCUUUGGUCUGGAAAGAUCCAAAUUUUGAAUUAUUAGCUUCAACUUCAACCGUUGAUUUUCCAUUUUAUCUUCCUGGUAACAUUGGUUUAGCAUGGUUCGAUAAACAAACUACUUUGCGUACUCCUAAUCAUAAAUUUGUGAUGAAACAGGUCAAUGGAAAAGAUAUAAGUGGUGAUGUUCUGUGUAGUAUUCAAGAGUGUCCUAAAGUUCUGCGUCAAACCGUAUCCGAUUUAUUUCCUACUCGUAACUUCGAAACAUCGGAUUUAUCUAUAGUAACAUUAUCUUUGAAGACUAAUUUGAAACUCAUGAGACAAAAUAAAGAAGAAGAAACUGAAAAAUUAGCUCAAACUUUCAUUAUAGCUGCCAGAACAAUUUGUGAUAAAAUAAGGAAAGCAGGAUACUGGGCGGAUUUCGUCAAUCCCUUCUCUGGUUUGCCUUAUUUAUCUAGAGAGAGAAUAAACAAUGCUAAACUAUAUGAAUCUAAUGAGAAAUUCAGGUGUUUGGACUUCCAAAUUUUUGAAAUUGAGCAAUGCAAAAUAAUUUCAAAUGAACAUGAAGGAAAUGGAAAACGAUUCAUAGGAAGUCUGUUCACUACUGCGCCCUGCAUGGAAGAAAAUAUAGUCUCUAUCUUUGUAUAAUAACUACUUCAUUUCAUUAUUGGUGAAGUGGAAAGAAAUAGAGAAAUAUUAUUUAAUUUCAGACA